AUCAGCUGUGUCCAAUCACAGCUGAUCACAUGGCACUGAUGAUCAGUGUGCCCUGAUGAUCAGUGUAGCCCCAGCAGUGCCACCUGUCAGUGUCCAUCAGUGCCUUAUGUCAGUGCUCAUCAGUGCCUCAUGCCAGUGCCCAUCAGUGCCACAUAUCAGUGCCUACCAGUGCACAUCAAUGCCACAUAUCAGUGCCUAUCUGAGCUGCCUUUCAGUGUCACCCAUCAGUGCCAGUCUGUGCCACCUAUCAAUGCCAAUCAGUGCCACCUAUCAG